UUGGAGGUGACCAGAGAGAUAUACCUGCUGGAGCGCGUGCUACCGAUUCAGCCUCGGUGUUUUGGGCGGGUCGAGACGGAGCAGCAGCGAUGGAGUGGUUCGGGACUGGAAACUCCCCUAUGUUUCCCGAAGAAGAAGAGGGUUAUAGUGCCUCUGCCUCUUCUGUGCCAAGUAGCUUUCACAGCUCAUCACUGCAGGAGGUUGCCAGUGCAGAGUCCAUGGUGUCCCUGUGCCAGAGGCAGCAGCAGUGUGUGAAGGCCUCUGUUUCCAGCUGGCAGUUAGUGGAGGCUCAGGACCAGAUGUGUGGGAUGGAGCUGCACGGCUCCGAGAGCGUCGAACAGGAGCGCGCCCGCGCUGUCGCCGGCCAAUCGGAGCUCUCGCAGACUGAACAUGAGUGGCGCCGGAAGGAGAGCAUGCUGGGAGGCAGCAGGAGCCCUGUGCUCAGCGCUGACAGCAGCCGGGACAUGUUCGACAAGAGUAUUAUUAAUAGUAAAAACGUUGAAUUGGAGGUUCACGACAAGAGCAAAACCUUUGUUCAGAAGUAUGAAAAAGAAUUGAGACAUUUUGGCAUGUUGCGGAGGUGGGAUGACAGCCAACGCUUCCUGUCUGACCUGCAUCACCUCAUCUGUGAGGAGACGGCCAACUACCUGAUCCUCUGGUGCUUUAGACUUCAGGCCGAAGAGAAAGAGGCAUUGAUGGAGCAGGUCGCUCACCAGGCUGUUGCUAUGCAGUUUAUCCUGGAGAUGGCCAGCACCUCCCAGCAGGAUCCCAGAGGCUGCUUCCGUCACUUCUUCCACAAAGCCAAAGCUGGACAAGAGGGGUACUUAAACGUCUUCCAUGCUGAGCUAGAAGCCUUUAAGCAGAGAGUAAAAGAGUACACCGUCAAGUUCAAAGGAGAGACCCUCUCCAACGACACACCGCUCCAGAGCAGUACAGCAUGCUGUCAUCUGGAUCCCAAAGAGGUUCUGGAAUCUUUACCCCCAGAACUGAAGGCAGGGUUCCAGCUGCAAGACAUGCAGAUUCUCCAGAAUGUUCUCAGCACCAUGAAUCCACAGGUGGCAGAGUACCAUGUGAAGCGUUGUCUGGAGUCUGGCUUGUGGACGAACAAAGAAGGGAGACGGUCCAAGGAGGAAGUUAAUCCAGAAACAGACGACCUGCGCAUGAUGGAGACAUAACGACUGUGGUGCACGCUCCCUCCAUCUCUCCCAUAGGAAAAGGGCUGAGCUCCCCACAGAGACUUAUUUUUGUAUGCAGCAGAAUCUGCGCCUGAAUGUGUCUUGCACUUUAUAUUUGUUCAAAACAAUCUAUUUAAAGAAGGUGAGUGGUAGGUAUUUUGAGGCACUUACCUUACCUUACCUUUUCUCAGAUAGCUAGAGUAUCUCUACUCAUGACAUAUCUUGAUUGUUUUAGCAGAGUGAACCUUGCUUUGUAAGGAAGUCAUCUUUACACAUGAAUUUACAAGAACUACUUCAAACUUUUGAGAAUUGUUUUUGUUUAUAUAUUUUGGGGUAUUCCUGUGACUCCGUUAAUCAACCUUAUGGGUGUGAAGAAGGGAGAUAACAGUCCAUCUACAGUAGGCUUCACAAGUAGGAAGUCUAGCGGUUAAGAGCGUUGGGCCAGUAACAGAGAAAUUGGCCGUUCUGCCCUUGACCAAAGCAGUUAACCCCCAACAAUAACUACGGGCGCCAACGACAUGGACGUUGAUUUAAGGCAGCCCCCCCCGCACCGCUCUGAUACAGAGGGGUUGGAUUAAAAGCGGAAGACCCAUUUCGGUUGAAUGACUUGUUGGGAAAAUGACUAGGUAUCCCCCUUUCCUUCCUUUAGUAGGAGGGGUAAAGCCUGAGCAUUACAAUCAAACUUGCUCUUGUCGUAAAUAAAAGUGCACCAUGUUUUGGUUGAAGAAACAAGAGGCCUAAUCCUGGAGUCCUAUUUCUGCAGUCUCUAAUGUUCUGUCCAACACCACUGAGCCACUAGUGCAUGUGGUUAAAACUGUCAUAGACACGUGCAAACGCUCUGGGCCCAUAUUCACAAAGCGUGAGUAGGAGUGCUAGUCUAAGGGCUGGUCAACACCUCUAAUUCAUAAUGGUUUAAAAGGUCUGGGGCCCCCCUUCUAAUUCAUAAUGGUUUAAAAAGCUAAACUGAUCUCAGAUCAGCACUCCUAUUCUGACACUCUGGAUUAGGGCCCUGUGCUCUUUCAGCUCCUGUGUGUCCAGUUUGUCAUUAGGACAAUAUUUAAUGCCGAUAUACUACCAUGGUAGUAUAAUGACGACUUCACUAUGCAAAGCAAUGAGUUUGCUGUUAUUACUUUUGUUACUGCUGGUCACUCAUCCUCAACCAACACUCAUAAAAUGUCUUGCUCUGUCCAUCACAGAAGAAUAAGCUUCUCAACAUAUCAAUGUAUGGCUGCUAAACUCAACUGCUCACAUAAUUGAUUGUGACACUGGAAACCUGUAGAACUUCCUUUGGCUGCCAUAACGUGAAAACAUCCUGUACUAGUCUGUGCUCUGUUUGAAAUAGAACUGCUUUAAAACAACUGUGCAGGGUAAAUGGCUAUAAUACGUUAGGUCUACCUGAACACAUUUUAAACGUUCUGCAAAAAACUAAUGAAAUAAAUGAAUUGAAAUCUG